AUGUCUUCUUUCGAGUCUGUGGUCGUGAUCGAUGGCAAGGGCCACCUGCUUGGCCGCCUUGCCAGCAUCGUCGCCAAGCAGCUCCUCAACGGCCAGAAGAUCGUUGUCGUCCGCUGCGAGGCCCUCAACAUUUCCGGCGAGUUCUUCCGCGCGAAGCUCAAGUACCAUGCCUACCUUCGCAAGAUGACUCGCUACAACCCGACCCGCGGUGGUCCCUUCCACUUCCGCGCUCCGUCCAGGAUCUUCUACAAGGCCGUCCGCGGCAUGAUCCCCCACAAGACGGCUCGCGGUGCCGCCGCCCUCGAGCGCCUUAAGGUUUUCGAGGGUGUCCCUCCCCCCUACGACAAGAAGAAGAAGAUGGUUGUUCCCCAGGCCCUGCGGGUUCUGAGACUCCAGCCCGGCCGCAAGUACUGCACUGUUGGUCGUCUCAGCCACGAGGUUGGCUGGAAGUACCAGGACGUUGUCGAGAGACUGGAGGAGAGGCGCAAGGCCAAGGGCGCCGCUUACUACGAGCGCAAGAAGCUGGCUGCGAGACAGUUAUCAGAGGCCAAGAAGACUGCCAAGGUCGACCAGAAGACGGCGGAGGCCCUUGCGGCCUACGGCUACUAG